CCCCGCCCCCAGCAGGAUAGGCUGCGCGGGCCGCGGCGGGCAGGUGCUGCGGCUGCGGGCAGGUGGCGGCGCGGCGCGGCGCGGGUCGGCGGCGGCGCUAGGACCUGCUGAAACUCAGAUUUCGGGGAUGAGCCUCUUUCCUUAUCCACUUCUGCCGUGGGAGUAUGCAGACAAUCCCGUUCGCCAUGAGCUGUGACCCUGGUGCCUUUCCCCAGCAGCCACACAUCCCCACUCCAGGCCUUCCAGCUCAGCAGUUGCCUCUCCAUUUCCAACACUUCUAAUCCUCAUGGAUCCACGAUGGUAACCAUGGCAACACGGGUUGAGAUUGGCUCCAUAACAUCCCUGACAGCAGUGCCAGGCCUGGGUGACAUCAGCAAGGAAGAGACCUUGAAACGUACCUUCUUCCGCCAAGCAAGUGACACCUCUGGGGCUCCCUCAGCCCAGAUCCUAGAAGGACAAAGUCCCCUGCGGGGUCCGGCUCACUUGUUCCCUCCACCAAGACUCGCCCCUAAACCCUUCUUCAAGGAGCAGGCCUCUGAUAUCAAAUCCCCUGUAGCAUCUUUGUGGCCAGGCCCCAUCAGGCCAUCUCCCAGUAGAGUUUCUGAGGAGGUAGCAGCCAAGAAUCAGAAUCCAAGGAUGCCCAGUUUGUCAGGGCAAGAAGUAGAUGGUGGGGACAGCCCUGGGAAAAGUGUCAAUAAGGCUGUGUUCCUGCCUACCAACUCUAGCACCAGCCCCAGCACCAUGAUUCUCUUUGAGACCACCAAAGCUGGCCCUCCUCUGGGGAAAGGGCUCAGUCAGGGGGCUCGAGAGGCGGGCACGGGUGUGUCCCAGGAACCCCUCUCCAGCACCCGUCCGGAGGUGGCCGCCAAACCUGCCUUGCCUGCUCGCAAGCCCGUGGGAACCCUUCCCCGACCAGCCUCCCUGUCACAGGAUGCUCGGUCAGCCCCAUGCCAAGUGGAGACAAUUCCAGAGCAGCCACUCUUGAAGACCAGCAGUGUGGAGGAUACCACAGCCCCUGUGCUGCAGCACAGGCCUCUUCCAAAGAGGAGGCCCGUGUCGGCCAUCUUUAUGGAGAGCGCCCAGCCUCUGAAGCCAGGCCCAGGAGGGGCAGCUGGGGUGGGCAAGGUGCCCCCCACCCCUCCUGAGAAAACAUGGGUGAGGAAGCCCCGGCCUUUGUCCAUGGACCUCACGGCCCGGUUUGAGAACAGGGAGGCCUUGCUGAGGAAGAUGGUUGAUGAAGGAAAAAGAAUCGAGUGUUCUGUCCAAGCAAGGACCUCUCACCAUGACCCGGACACAGACUUCCUGGAAGGGAUCAAGAAAGUCCAGGAACAGAAAGAGAAGCUGUAUUUUAAGCAGGCAGAGUUGGGUGGCCCCAGGGCCCAGGGAUGCUCAGUCAGGGUUCCCCCUGCAGGUGACCAGAGUCCACAGGAAGAGAAGGCCAGGCUGGGCCAGGAGCCAGAGAAGAGGCCUGAGUUCCCUUCGCCCAGGUCAGGAAAAGGGCUAGAGCAUGCUGGGGCCAAGAACAAAGGGACUGAGGGGGAGUCCUUGGUGGGGACAGAGUGGACCUCCAGGGGCAGCGUCAAGAAGCGCCUCAGCCUGUUUCAGGAGGAGAUUACCUUGGCCUCAGCAGGAGGAUCUGAGCCUCCCCCGGCUACCCUGGAGCCCCCAUUGGCAAGAUCAGAGCCUGAGAAAGUGGGCGUGAGUGUCCAGGAGCGGAUCAAAGGCUGGAGCACUGAGAGCUCAGAAGGGAAGCCAGAGAUCAGGAGAAAGACACUCCAAGCGCGGCCACUGUCAGCAGAUUUGACCAAAGUGUUCUCAAGUUCAGCUUCAAACCAUGAGGUCAGGUACGAGAAGUACGCUGGGCUGGGCGGCCAGUCUCCUAAGGAGCAGAGCGAGAAGCCAAAGACAGGACAUGGUUUGGACAGAGCCUCUGCCCCAAGUGGCCCUGGGAAGUCUGGGGUGCCCCACAAGGUGUUUGGGCAGGCGGAGCGCAAAGACGGCCCCAGACAGGAUCCCAGCAGCUGUCCAGCUAACAGUGCCGGAAGGGGUCCCGGGCCCUCUGAAGUCACUCCAGAAGAUGACAGAAACUUCCAGAUGGUGUGGGCCACAGUGUUUGAACAUCAUGUGGAGCGGCACACGGUGGCUGACCAGUCAGGACGUUGUCUCUUGGACACAUCCCCUCGUGAUACCCACGGCUCUGAGCCCACACCCAGGUCUGAGAAAGGCACCUGGAUGGGGAAAGACCCACCAGAAGUGACAAGCCCCAGGCUGAAGAAUCCCAAGUGGCCUGAAAGUUCCGAGCAGGCAAAACUGGCAGGCACUGUCCUACUGGACAAUGAGCUGAGACAUCGAGUAGUCACCCCAGAUAAAUACCGUGUGGGUGAUACAUGCAGUGAUAGCACCUUUCUUAAGCACUUGGAAAGUCCUCUCACGUCACAGAGGAUUGAGCCCAGGUAUGACACUGUGCACACUGUGGGGGAGCGCGCACACAGUGAGGCCGUCUCCACAGCACCCGGGGAGCAGGCCCUGAUGCUCCGCAGUGCCAGGUCCCGGCUGUCACUGAAGGGGAGGCAGUUGUCCCAGGAGGUCACCCCUGUCAACCCCAAGCAUCCUCUGGAAGGUCAUGCUGGGUCUGUCCAAAGGUCCAGUUUGAUUUGGGAAGCUCGAGGGCAGGAGGCAACUGGGCCAAAACUUGGUCUCUGUGAGCAGAAGGACACAUUUGGGGACAGUAGCUCACCAUCCAGGUGGACAAACGGGUCAGUGGUGAACUGGCAUCAAGAUGCCCUGGUGGCUAGCACAGAGUCCUGUGCUUCUGAGGCCAAUUUUAUGAAGGCUGUCAAGGUUGCCAUCUGGGAAGGCCAGCACCAGGGGCCUGGGUUCAGAAACGAGCCAAGAGGGCCCAUUAAUACAGCAGAGAGGGGUCUUCCUGGAGGGUGUGCCCCGGAUCCUCCUACCGCCAGGGCCAAGUUUGAGCCCUCUGGUUCCCGGCUUCAGGCACACCCAGAGGCACUUCUCAUGCAGAAAGGACCCCUUGUGACUGACAAUAAGGGGGCUGCAAGGCUGGAAUCCGAGGCCAGAGUGCCAAGAGCCAGCCCCACAGAGCCUAGGAUGGACAGAUGGAGGCGGCGGACUUUACCCCACGAUGCAAAAUUUGAGGCAUUUAGCCUCCUGCUCCCAGAGAACUCUUCAAAAGUAGAUCAGAAGCAAACAGAUUCCCUGAGCCCCACAACCAGUGCCUUAAGAAAACCUCAGCUGUCCCUCAAUCAUGUGAGAACACAGGAGGUGGCCCCAGGUGCCCUACAGGACCGAACCUCCCCAGGCACAAAAGCAGGGUCAUCUGUGGAACCCAAGGCAAUGUUUUUUGCAGUCACUUAUCAGAUUCCUGAUAUACAAAAGACAAAGAGUAUUAUUAAGUCAGGGCCUGAGAAUUCACUGGAACAGCCUGGAAAGACAUCGCCACCUCCUGCACCUCAUCCUUUCAUGACUGCCUUGGUGUCUCCAAACCACGAAGAGCCACAGGCUUCUGCGGGCAGCAAGACCUGGGCUAAGGGAAGAGACUGUGAAAAGGCAACGAGCACUUCAAGAAGUCUGAAGCCAACAGACCGUCCUUCCUCCGUGGGAGACUGGAUGCUGCACCCUUCCAGCACGGGAGCUGUUACUGUGGAUGCCCUGCGGACUCAUCAGGGGUCAGAAAGCUUGAGUUUUCAGAAUGACCAGAAGGACAGUGGAAGUAGGACAUCCCCCAGCAGUGCUCCCCAAACUACCCCGACCCUAAGAAGUCACCCGAGACCCAGCAGUCUGCUGGUCAGAAGGAGGACAGUGGUGGACAGUGAGACAUUCCCAGGAAAAAUGAAGGGUAGUUACAGAUCCAGCAUUCUCGACAUUGAUGCCCUGAUGGCUGAAUACAAAGAACAGUCAACCAAAGUCCCUGGUGAGGUCCGGGAGCGGAAUCCCACUGUGGAACUCGGUGGCUCACCUCAGGAGACGCCAGGCUGGGCCGCCAGGAUGGACAGGGGAUGGAGGAGCCCCAAGGAGGUUCCUAGCGGGGAGGCUCCUCAGAAACAAGUCAGCAUCAGGGAUUCAAGCCACAGUACCUCUCCUGGCUCAGGCAAGCAGCCAGCAGAGACCCUGGGGGCCACCGCAACCUCCAAGCCCAGCUGUCCUUUGUGGGCUCUGCCACAUGCGGCUCCUGCUGACAAGUAUUCUGUGGUGUCUUCCGUCCCUGCUGGACCCAGGAAGAAAGUUACGGGAAUCUCAGAGAAUGAAAGCAAGACCUUUGCUAGCAACCUUCGCGACACAAAGUUUCAGAAUUACCUGGUUGAGACAGAUUCCUCUGGUUGGGAAGACUCUGGCAGUGGAGAGAGACUGGCACCCAAAUCUCCUACUGACAAGAAAAAGGGUGCCCUAAGAAAAUCCACCUGGCAGGGAGAGGAGGAAAGUGUGGCCCAGUGGCAUGACCUGCAUCGUGACCGUGGCAGGUCUCCGCUGGACAUCAGGAGGGCCUCUUCAGAAAAAGGCCUCCCUGCCAAAGUCCAAGAGGGUCUGUGCGUCAUGCAGGAAGCCAGACAGAGGAGACAAGAGCAGCCCAAAGUGAGGACCAGCCUCCCCGUGGAGAGUCCGGACGCCGGCAUGGAGCCCUAUCGGUGGGAGCCAAGGACGCGAGACAGUCACAAGGACCAGCUGAAGCAGUGCUUCUCCAGGCGACCCGCUGAGGCCAAGGACACUGACACCCUCGUGCAUGAAGCGGACGGCCAGUAUGGGACAUGGGCAGAGCAGCGCCAGAGUGCGGACAGCCUGGCCCCCGAGUCUCCGUCUCCCGACAGCAGCACCACCUCGGUGCGGAAACAGCCCCCCGGAAGCCGCCUGUCGUCCCUGUCCUCCCAGACGGAGCCCACCUCGGCCGGGGACCAGCAGAGCGCCAGCAUAGACCACUCCAGCUCUGAGCUGGAUUCCACGGAUGGGACAGAGGCGCUGCCCCGACAGGACACCGGCCCUCCCCAGGGAACUGAUGACUUCUCCUUCAUCCAUCAAACCUCAGUCCUGGACUCCAGUGCUCUCAAGAGCCGAGUGCAGCUCAGCAAGAGAAGCCGCCGCCGGGGUCCUAUCUCCCACUCCCUCCGGCGGAGCCGCUUCAGCGAGUCGGAGAGCCGGUCCCCUCUGGAGGAGGAGAACGACAGCACCUGGAUGUUCAAGGACUCAACAGAAGAGAAACUGCCCAGGAGAGAAGAGUCUGAUGAAGAAGAGACGCCAUCCAGGACAGAGAGGACACCAGUCAGCCAGCCUCAGAGGGUUCCCGUGUUUCCAGGCAUGGACCCGGCAGUCCUGAAGGCUCAACUGCAGAAGAAGCCAGAGGUGGAAAGUCCUGGUGAGACCCCUGGCUGGACCCCCCAGCCCAAGACCCCCAAGUCUGUGUUCCAGCCUGGGGUGCUGGGCAGCCGAGUGCUUCCUUCCAGCACAGAGGACAAGAGGUCAGAAGAGCCUUCUCCCCAGUGGCUAAAGGAACUGAAAUCCAAGAAGAGGCAAAGCCUGUAUGAAAAUCAAGCGUGACAGGCAGGAGACAGCACCACAUCUAAUUAUCAGAAGCCUUAACAUUAGACCGUCCUGAGCCACAGAGAGGCCAAGCUGCUGCCCUCCCUCCCUCACCGUGCUCACGUGCCUGGGCCCCCUGGGGACAGAGACUUCUCUCCAAAGCCCGGAUCCCACAGGAAGGCCUCCCCUCCGAGAGGACCUGCUCUGCUCCAAGACAACACUUCCGGCUGGGAAAGAAGCCAGGCUGCCCAGAAAUGCCCCUGCCGGGAGUUUUGCUUUUUACAUUAGAGUCUGCAUUUCUAGCCACUUUCUGCACCUUCUAGGAACAUUGGCGCAAGGCUGGAUUCUCUGCCUCGGUUCUGAAAAACAUCUGAAUUGGGAGACUCUCUGCUCAGUCUUCUCCCCGGGAAAGGACAUUUCUAAGAAAGUUCAAACAUUCAUUUGCUGCCGUCAUCUUGUUCCAAGGCACGACCAUGGCGUUGGGAGUUUUGAUUGCUUUGACAGAUUGGUUUUUCUUCAUGAGGAAUCAGCAUUUCCAGUUAUUAAACAAACCCUCCCUGGUUCUUUUCAGUGUAUUUCUCCUUCUAGUUGGGCCAUGUGUAUAGCUGACAUCCUUUUUGUUUGCUUUAGGAGGUGGUAAAGCAAUAACUUAGCCAAUUUUCUUUGAAACUUGAUAUGUAUAUAUGUUUUUACAUUAAAGGACAGGUGUGUGAAUAGUAUGUUUUGAAGUAUCCAACCUCAGGUUAUCUUGUGUCUAUCCAAGCUUUUUACAUAGAACUGUUCCCUGUAUAUAUCCUCCCUCCUUCUUUCCCACGUCAGCUCUGAUUCCCAUGGGGUGGCCUUUGUCCUCUGACCUCAAGGGUCAUGAGUACAGCUCAGAUGGGUACCUUUGUCAAACACCAGACCUGCGCUGGGCAUCUUCUGCAGCCUGUUUUGAACAAAGCCCAGGUUGCUGGAAUACAGCAGCCUUUCUAAUCAGCCUCAGAACAAAUGCUUGAGUGAGAGGUCCUUUUUCUUUUUUGUUUUCUCUUUGAGCCCCCCCUCCAGUUCUGCCUGACCAUAUGUUUUUGUUGCUGUUGUUGGUUUUUAGUUUUUGUUUUGUUUUUGUUCACAUGCUGGAAUUAGUCAAAACCUUUCUCUAGGGGGGAACUUUAGGCCGAGGACUUCCAACGAGUGCUGGCUACUUGGUGACAAAGUAUAAGACUCCUCCUGCCUCUUUUUCUAUAAACUGAUUCCUGAGGCCUUUGGGGACUCCAGACACCUUCUGCUCUGUCCUUUUAUUCUGCAAAUCCUCAACUCCAUCCCCCUCCAUUUCCAAAGCACGAGGCGCCAGCAAACAUCUCAGAUGUACCUGGUUGCCUGUCUGCCAUGCUGGAGUUGCUGCAAAACUUGUGCCAACCUUGUCAGAGAGUCAUCCAAUGGUGAGAGGCACGGGCAGUUCACAGGGCAGCCCAUGACUGCAGAGGGCCAUGGGGCUGAAUGUCCUGAUGGAUCCAUGCAUGGCACCAGCCAGGCAGUGAAGUACAUUCCUGAGAGGUGAAAUGUCUUUCUUGAUAAAUUCAUCAUUUGCAAGUAGUGUUAAAACUUUCCUCUCUUCUCUCUGGCUAUAUCUCCAAGACUCUUCACGUCUCUCCCCAUCUUAUCUCCCUAAUCUGCUUUUACUGUCUGCUUUCUUUCUUACUUGUGAGGCUGAUGUGGAGGAUUUCUCCAGGUUCACACAGAUGCUUGUACGCUGCUUAGGGGUGUGGUUCAGCACCAUGGACAGCAACUGGGGGACGUGGUGGGGGCCCCACAGUGAGUGGCCUGGACUUUGUCUGCUGGUGGGCCUGUGCCUGUGUUUGACAGUUUGGCCCUGCUCAGUGACAGUUUGUAUUCUCAUCAUCCCUGAGGUGUUCUCUGUUCUCUAUAGCUAUUUGGGGAUUCAUCCUUCCAGUACUGCUUUGGUUGAUUUUUUUGAAGGUCCAUUUCACGUUUUGCACCAAUCUUGACGUGGUGGCUAAGUCACACAAAAACACCUCCCGCGUGUCUGGACCCUGAUUUCAUCUCUUUCUUUCUGCCAAAUGGAAAGGGUCCCUUGGUACCUGUGUGUAUGGAUAGCAGCAUACAAAAUGCUUAACUGUAAAUGAGUCAGAUUUGAGCCCAAGUCAAACUGAAAAGAGAGAAAACAGUCCAAAUGAGGUUGGCCUGGGGAUCUUUUGCCCAGCCUCUCACACCUUGACUAGCAAUACAUCUAUUUAAUUCCAGCUUGCUACAGACAUAACCACUGACUCAACCUUAGCCAGAGCCAGCCCUGAAGAUCCUCGUCUCAUCUCCAGCAGCACAGAGCUGACAGUCACAGUGGGUUGCAAGCAACCCUUCUAGCACAGGUUCCUCAUGACCCUGGAGUCCUGUUUGUGAUCUGUGCAGAUGCAGUGAGAAGUGGCCGGUGCUCUUGACAGGAAGCUGGGCCAAUGGGUUGUGCAUUUCCCCUUCUCCAAACUAGGUGAGCUCUUUGGAGCUAAGCAGUGGGUUGCCCACUAGCUUCCAAAGUUUUCCUGAAGCCCCCUCUGGAAAUCUGUCUUUUUAAACUAACUUCAGGUGCCUUAAUCACCUGUGUGCAGUCAAGUCACCUGCCCCACACAGCAGCUCUAUCUCUUCUCAAAUGAGUCUUAUAUAGAAUGCAGAUUCCUCUGUAGGUGCAACCUUCUCCUUGCCCUGUUCCAUCAGCAUUUAGACAGCUGGCCUUUUGCUAAGUUUGUAUCUCUUUCCUUUGCAGUGGGUCGGUCUUUGCCUUCAUGGUCCCUUGCCUAAUAACACAUGGCAAAGCCUCAAAAAUUAAUUUUAGACAAAAUUACUCAGCUCCACCAGAGAAAUGCUGGUGAAAGUGAGACCUCACUGAAUUGAGAACCUUGGGAGCUAAGAGUGAAACUGACCAGACCACCUCAAGUUGUUUGGGAUCAGGGAAAAGGCAGUCAGAUGACAGGAUCUUACAGAUCGUACAACUCCAAACAAAUUUGUCUUCCUCCACCUCCCCAGAAGUGCAGCUGACUUCAGGAAAGUGCUAAGGAAUAAGAACAGAAAUAGGCAUCAACCUGAGGUUCUGAACCUUAGAGGCUGAGAAAGGAUCUGGGAAAAUCCUGAACAUGCUAUGCCUAGAAAUAGCUGCAGCCACUUCCAUCUGGGACUGGUAACCACCUUGUUGACUCACAGCUUUGCUGUCUGUUAUUUACCUCAUGCACCCAGAUUGGCCCCUGGAGUGAGGCAUGGCUGCAGAGCUAAAGCCUCUAACCUCCCAACUGGGAGGUUUAAACCACAGCAGUCUUUAAAGUGACAGAGGGGUCUGCAGCCUGGGAGCUCCCUACCCCACUCUGGGUGUGGGAACCUGGAGGCCAAGGUUCCGUAGGACUGUGAGCCCAUGGGUGAAGGACAGUGUUAGGGUAGAGAGAGCCACUCAGGCAGGACCUACCCCUCACCUCAGAGAGGACCCACCUUGGGCUGAGUCCCAUACUGAGUAGGGGACCCUGGCUGUGUGCUGAGAAGGUGCCAAGAACCACUCCCGUGGAGGCCAAGGCUCUGGAAAGCCUGAGUCUACACCAGCAGAAUAAGCACACUGGGUCAUGACCAGUCCAGGUCCCCAUCACUCUCUGGACUUUUCCUUCUUUUGUUUUUUGAAGGGUUUCUGUUUUGUUUUGUUUUUGUUUUUGUUUUGCUCCUGCAGGAAGAAGGGCAGAAAGCCAGCUCUCUGCUCUGGAAAACCAGCCUAAGAUUUCUGGCAGGUGAACCCUUCAAAUCCCCACCUCCCAUCCUGCCUUCUUGCCCACCCCCUGAAACAUCCAUAAAUAGUUGCCUCUCCCCUGGGCCAAGACACCUAAUAUAACUUGGACUAGCUGCUCUGUGACAAUCCCUGGUGACAUCAUGCCAGCUGAAAAUUAUGCCACAAUCUAAAGAUUUUGAACCUUUAAAUGAUGAUCCCAUCCCACAUUGCCUUAUAGAUCCUAUAACAUUUGGGGCUCACAAAAGUAACACAUUGCAGUGUGGAAGGUGUUUUGUACUGUGUUGUUUCCUAAGUCACACAGGUAUCCUAGAGGUCACAUGAGUCCCAGAUGGCCAUGAUUCCCGAGUGUUUUGCAAGAUGGGGGGGCGGGGGCGCGGAACUACAGUAUAUAUUUUCCCAACUGUCCUUCCAGGCUCGUCCUCAGAUACUUGAGUCAUGACGGACAAGAACUCGAGCUGUGUGGUGGGGGAAAAAGCUAACUUCCUCCCUGCAGUGUUCUUGCAGUUGCCUUAUGAAUUCACAAGCUCCAGGACUUCUGAACGGAAGGCAGACAAGAGGCACUUUACCCGAUGCUGGAAAGAAUCUAACCAUGUGACUAAGAAUUAGAAAAACCUAUAUUUUUAAUGUAAAAUCAAAAGACGGGGGAGGGCUCCCUGGACCUCAGAGUAUUGGGUGUCUACAAGUGCUUUUAUAUUUUGUAACUGUAAAGAGAUUUCUUAUGCACAGAAGAGCAGUUGGAAACACUGCAGUGAAACGAGAUGACCUUUGCAUGUAUAGAGACGUUGCAUUCAGACUCUGAAAACAGCAAAUAAAGCUUUGACGCAAGUUGCAUUGGAGAA